AUGGACGAACCGGGGAUUGAAAGGGGAGAAGAUGUCUCUGGCUCAUUAGUGCAAGCAAUUGAAAGAUCACAAAUUGCUUUGGUAAUUUUGUCUCCGCAUUAUGCUUCUUCCAAAUGGUGUCUGAAUGAACUGGUGAAGAUAAUGGAGUGUCAAAGAAGUCAAGCUCAGGUGGUUAUGCCCUUAUCCUAUGAAGUAAAUUCGUCUCAUUUUCUUCAUCAGAGAGCCACAUAUGGUGAAGCAAUUGAACGACAUGAAGAAAGGUUGAGAAGGGAGAAUGAUGGGGUGAUGCGGUGGAGGAUGGCACUCGCAGAGGCUACCAACAUUUCCGGCUCUAGUUCUUCAGCAUAUCGUGAUCAGUUGAUUGAGGCUAUUGUUGAGAAUGCUUCAGAAAAAGUAGACACUGGACAAUUGUCUGUUGCUAAGCAUCCCGUUGGCGUAGAAUCACGAGUUCUUGCAUUGACAAUUGAAUGGGCAGAAAAGAGAUCCCCAAAACCUCUUAUCAUAAGCCUCUGGGGGAUGGGAGGUAUCAGUAAAACAACUGUUGCCAAAGCCAUUUACAAUACAAUUGGUUGUAAGUUUGGAAAAGCAAGAAGUUUUCUUGCAAAUGUAAGAGAAAAUUCAGAAUAUGCUAAUGACCAAGUUAAUUUGCGAAAGCAACUCAUUUCUGAUAUCAUUAAAACAGAAGUUUUCUUAGUGGAAUAUGAAGACUGGAAUGAAGAAUCAGGAGGUUUCGGGUAUGAGAAAAGAUUGAAGGGUUUGAGGGCAGGAAGAUUUUUCUGGUUUUUAGGGUGGUUUUUGAAGUGGAAAAGAAUGGAGAAGCAUAGAAAUAGAAAGCGUAUAUCCAUGAAGAGAUGA